AUCUUAUUUAGCGGUGUUUAUCGAAACUCUUCCAAUCACAAAUGACAAAUGAAAAAACAUUAUUCCCAAAAAAACAGAUAUAUAAAACUCAUUUAUCCGAAACCGUUCUCUUUUCCCUUUUAGAUUUUCUCGAUAGCCAAGCAAACCUAUCCAGGGAAAUUUCCUAUUUUAUUUUGUAAAACAAAAUGGCAUUUCAUACCCUUUCUAGUUCUGAUUAACGUUCUCUGCUGCAAAUUUCCUCUAGAAUCCUACUUCUAGAUGGCAGUUCUCAUAGCUUCACCUGAAAUUUCCACCGCCUCAGCGAAUAUUUUCUAUAACCCUAACCAUACCCCUAAAUUCCUCAAGAGCCUUAUUAUUUCGAAGAAUGGUGAUGGUAAAAUUUGGUCAAGGGCUAAGGUUAGGGUUGGUCUUAAAAAUAUUGGUGCUAGAGUUUCAGGUUUGAAUCAAAGCUCGACGUUGUACGGACAAUUUUCAUCUCCAGUGAAGCGAGGAUCGAAGCCGAGCAAAGAGGCAGAGGAGAAGCAGAAUUAUUACGUGAAUAUGGGUUACGCAAUUCGGACUUUGAGAGAGGAGUUCCCAGACCUCUUUUGCAGGGAGCUUAGUUUUGAUAUUUACAGGGAUGAUAUCGUAUUUAAAGAUCCUCUCAAUACUUUUGUUGGAAUUGACAAUUAUAAGUCGAUCUUUUGGGCACUGCGAUUCCAUGGUAGGAUAUUUUUCAAGGCUCUCUGGCUUGACAUUGUUGGUGUAUGGCAGCCAGUGGAGAAUGUCAUAAUGGUUCGCUGGACCGUCCGUGGCAUUCCACGAGUCCCAUGGGAGAGCCAUGGUCGAUUCGAUGGCACUUCAGAAUACAAACUUGACAAGAACGGUAAAAUCUUUGAGCACCGAGUUGACAAUAUUGCACUGAAUUCACCCCCAAAAUUUCAUGUGCUAGCUGUGGAGGAUAUAAUUCGAUCCAUUGGUUGCCCCUCGACCCCAAGGCCAACUUACUUUGAGAUUUCAUCAUCUUUAUCUUCAGAGAGAACGUAGCACCACUUAGGCUCAUUCCAAAUUUUGGCAUAUAGUGUGAGUCAUAGUUGGGUAGAUACUAAACUUUAGCUUGAAAUCAUUCUCAAUGCCUAAAACUUGGUUUGGAUCACAAGGCAAGCACUUGGUAAUACUUGGCUUGUAUCAACAUUGGGAAAUGAUGGGGUGUAUUCUCUUAUUAUUGUAAAAGAAUUGUAUAAUCUUGUACAGUAUAAGUUUAGUGUAAGUAGCUAUAAUUGGCUAUCUUCUUCCUGGUAAAGAUACAGUGAAAGCAACGUUAUAUGCUAGUGACAUGGUAAAUACUAAAGAUCUGAAUGUUGUUCAAUUGAGUUUACUCUUAAGUUUUCAUAAUUUGCAAUCCAAUUUUC